CAUUAGAACGACCCCGGCCAUCGAGCGCCAGCCACGAGAAACAAAACAAAUAAACAAAAAAAAAUAUUUUUCAGUGGCAGAGGGUUUUAAUGUUUUUUUUCUAUUAAGUUUUAAUUGAUAGCGGGAUUUAUCAAGAGUUCGGACAUUUGCUUUAAGCGGUAAAAUACAUUUAGAGACCGUCAAAUUUAUUCCCAUCGUCGUCGUUUUAACGGAUUGUGCUUUACGCGCCACUUCUCAUUUCGUUACAAUUAAUUGAAUUAUCGUCCUUGGACCUUUUCAACAAAAACGACAAGAUUACUGACAACAAAUGUAACCGCGUUCAUGGAACUUUCGUGUAAUGCUUUGAGAAAUAGGUUGCACUGUUUCUUGCCUGCCAUCACUCUGGCCAGCGUCCAAGGGUGCCCUACCCCGACAGCCGGACCCGGGCUGAGCUGGUGGACCAUGAUGAACGGUGGUCUCUAUGAAGAUAGUCCGCCACCGCCGCCACCACCUCCGCCGGUGCCACCGCCGGUGUCUCAGCAUCAACAGCAGCAACAACAACCCUUACCAGGUGAGGCGCGAAUCAUUAAAACUUCGCCAUCAUCCACUCCGAUCACCACGGCGUCUUCGUCGUCGGUACCCGGUACGCCACCGCCGCCGACACCGCUUCACAUACCAGCCAAGCGUCUGCUGCACGCGCCUCCGCCCGUGUCUUCGGGCGGUUACGACUGCAUGGACUCGGCUGCCGCAGGCGUCAUACGGCACUCUCACCACCAGUGGAACGCCUAUUCGCCCGUAGAACACGCGGUUGCCGCAGCCGCCGGUUGUGCUUUCGACCAGUACCAGAGUGCGGGAAGCAAUCACCACCAUCAUGCGGCCGCUGCGCCCACCUAUUAUAACUUGGCCGCUGAGAACCAUCGUGGUGUCGUACCGGACGGCAGAAAACCUCCUGCGGGCUUGCCGUUUUGGUCGCCCGCCGCCACGGAUUAUUGCAGCGGUGGCAAUAAAUACACUAACGGCGGCGGUGCCAUAACACCGUGCAGCAGCUCUGCGGGCCCUACAGUCGAUCAGUUCUCGUCGCAGUCUUGGUGUAAUUACUCGCCGUACACCACAUCCAUCCUNUCAUCGUCGUCUUCAUCAGCGGCAGCGGCAGCGGCCGCCGCCGCCGCCGCGUCCAGACAUUCGUCGACCGGGGGAGGCGGGGGUCCUGGCGUGGACACCCCACAGUCCGUCUCGUCGUACCUAAGUCCAGGCGAGGACAGAAACCCGCGUAUGGCUUCUUCGGCCGUAGACAGCUCUGGCUCGUUCGGACACGACACCUCGUACCCAUUGCGGAACUACAGCGGCCACGAUCCAGUUACCUCCACGCCGUACCCGCCUACAGGUUCGUUGUCGAGCAUAGGAAGCAUGGGCGUCAGUUCUAACCCACUCGAAUGGACCGGGCAAGUUACGGUACGGAAGAAGAGGAAACCUUAUUCCAAGUUCCAGACACUGGAGCUGGAGAAAGAGUUUUUGUUUAACGCGUACGUGUCCAAACAGAAACGAUGGGAAUUGGCGCGGAACCUGGCGCUGUCUGAACGUCAGGUGAAAAUAUGGUUCCAAAACCGGCGCAUGAAGAACAAAAAGAACAGUCAGAGACAGGCGGUACAACAGCAACAGCAACAGAACAAUAAUAACAACAGCAACAGCAGCGCUAACGCCAACCAUCAUCACAUGGUGAUCGGUCAUCACGGAGCAACCAACGGGCCUAUCAAGCAUCAUCAGUGACCGUCGCAUUACUCUGGAGCCGCUGCUGUCGCCGCGCCGCCGCACCACCACCUACAUCAUCAUCAUCUCCACCACCAACCGUUACCGCAUCAUCAUCAUCAUCAUCAUCACUACCCACUACAACCCGUCUAAAGUGAGUGCCGCUUAAAACUCAAUAGCCAUUCAAAAUUUACUUACCGUAUUAGUAUCUUACAUUUUUUUAUCCGUACUAUUUGUCUCUUGAUACAGUCUUAUGUAUUUGCUUUAUGAGUUGCUCAAUUCCGGUAUUUUUAUUUGUAUCUAAAACAUUCCAAAUGGUAAGAAAUGGAUUAAGGUUGGGGAAAAUAGACGUGGCUCCAGAGUGACUGUCAAAUUAAUUAUUAUAAAAAUUGAAACAUUUGUAAUUAUUGUCUGAUCGAUCUAAUAACAUGUUUAAGUUACUAUUUAUAUAUUAAAUACUAUUAGGCUAAUGCAUAUAAUAAUAUGUUUUUUAAAUAGUUAUAUUCUAACGAAUCGUGUAUAUGGCGCAAUAUAUUAUAAUGUAGAAUACUAUAAGUAUAAUUAUAUUUAUUAAUAAUUAUAAUUAAUUAUUACUUAAUUGUUUAAGAUCCCCGAGUUGGAUAUUUAUAUACUUGUAAUGAUUGUAAAUUAUAAUUAAUAGUGUU